AUGAAAAUCCAAUUCAUUGGCGCCAUAUACAUUCCUUUCUUUUAUAUAGAUUUUUUCUUUCUGGCUAAACAAUCGUUUUUUUCUUUCUUUGUGAUUCAUAUUAUUUUUUUCAUUCAUUUAUUAUUUUUCUUUCUUUCUUUUUCUUUUUCUUUCUUUCUUGGCUACACAAUUGUUAUUUCUUUUUCUUUCUUUGUCAUUCAUAUUAUUUUUUCAUUCAUUUAUCAUUUUUCUUUCUUUCUUCUUUCUUUCUUUCUUUUACACAUUCUCUUUUGUUUUUGUCUUUCUCCGCCUUUUAUGCAUUUCUCUUUUUACUUCAUCUGCCCCACCACCAUUAUUUAUUAUUAUUAUUAUUAUUAUUAUUAUUAUUAUCGUUUCUGUGUAACAUUUUUCAUUUCUUCUUCUCCCUUUUUUCUUAUGUUCUUUUUCUUUCUUUCUUUCUUUCUUUCUUUCUUUCUCUUCAUUUAUAAGAUUUUCUUAUCCUCCCCUUUUCUACCAAUGUUUUUCAUUUGCUUCUUUCUCCGUCCAUUUUCCUUCUCAUGUUUAACAUUCUUCUCUCCCUACCCACCCGAUCUUUCUCAAGUUCCCUCCCAUCUGCUUACCGCUGUUUCACGAGAGAGACAUUAA